UCGGCCAUUUGUGUCAUCUUCGCUCACGGGGCCGGUAAGUUCGGAUACAUGGACACGAUCUGGGACGUGUACAAGAAGGGUCAGCUCUCGAAGAAUGUCCAGCCUCGGUCUGAUAAGCCAUCGGUCUUGUUAUAGGUCUGGCCACUUACGGAUACAAUGUCACCAGACCCAUGGGAGUGAAGCUCGCGAAGCUGACACCCACCAGGGGAUUCGCUGCCGAGCUUGCCACAACCUUCGUGAUUAUGAUCGCUUCUCAGUUCGGCUUGCCCACCUCGUCCAGCCAGUGCAUCACGGGAGCCAUAAUCGGAGUGGGUAUCCUCGAGGGAUCGAAGAAAGUCAACUGGACCCAAUUCUUGAAGCAGUUCGCCUCAUGGGUGACCACAUUGUUCGUCAUCGGUCUGGCUGUGGCCGCCGUGUUUGCCCAAGGAAUCUACAUUCCCAGCAAAAUCCAAGGAAAGGAGGUGACCAUGUGCAAGGAUCGCGUGACGAAUUUGACAACUAAAGUGUACAAGGACUUCAACUCCAGCCUCCAGAGCUACCGACCUGUUGCUGCCCAAGGCCUUCUCGUCAACCUCCCCAACACCACCUGAAAUGAGCUGAACGCCACGGUAGCCGUCAAUGCGAAGGCCACCAAGAACUUGAUAGACCAGUUGCAGUGGAUCCAUCCUCGAUGCGUUUUACAAGUCACUAUUUUAAAACUUAUUCAACAUCAAUCAUCUCAGCAUGUCAAUCUGGAUUCUGUGGUGAACGUUAUCUUUCAGUUUAAAUCUUGGUCAACGUUUUGAAUAUG